AUCUUGGCCAAUGGCACCGACCAAGGAGACGACGGGCCCGGCAAAGGUCGUCGCCAUCGAUGCGUACGAACCGGUCAUGCCCGUGGGGCGGCCGCGGUCGGCCAGCUGGUCCUCGGACAACCCGUCCACGGCCAUUCUGUACAUGCUGGCAUGGUACAUCUUUUCGACGAGCGCGACGUUCAUCAACAAGAUCUUGAUCAAGGAGCAUGGCCUCUCGGCCGAGGCGCUUACCGUGUGCCACCUCGCGCUGGGCACGUGCUUUGACGCGGCCAUUUUCGCGGUCCCGCCAAAGUCACGCUACAAGAUGUGGCAUCUUCGCCCGAUGAAGUUGGACCAUGUGCUCUCGAUGCUGCCACUCAGCAUGAUGGCGAUCGCAGCCAAGAUCUUGACGUACUGGAGCUACUCCAAGGUGCCUGUCGCGCUCACGCACACGUGCAAGGCGUCGACGCCGCUCUUCAACGUCGUCCUCGCUUACCUCGUGUACCGGACGACGCAUGCGCUGCCCAUUUACCUGUCGCUGCUACCCAUUGUGGUCGGCGUCUCGCUGGCGUCCAUGUCCGAAGUUCAGAUCAACGAAUUCGCGACCAUGGGUCUUCUCUGCGCCAUCUCGUCGUCCAUGUUUGGGGUCAUGCAGAGCAUGUACGCCAAGUACCUGCUCCGCCAUGGCAUCGUCGCCGACAGCAUCAAUCUCCAUUUUUACAAUGGCAUGCUCUGCAUUGCCGUCAACAUGCCGAUGCUGCUCUGGAACAGCGCAGAGAAGACCAUGUUUCCGACGACGAUUCCCUACGGCUUGAUCUUUUGCUGCAGUACUUGCCAGUUCAUCUCGAGUUUUGCCGCCUCCUUGCUGCUCGGCAAGGUCUCAGAGCUCACGUACUCGAUCAUGAGCACGAUGAAGCGGGUCGUGAUUGUGCUGAGCGCGAUCCUCUACUUUGGCAACGCGAUCCGGCUGGUCUCGGUGUUUGGGAUGGCCCUCGCGCUCGGUGGCGUCGCCACGUACCAAUACGUCAAGAUCCAAGCGGCCAAGCCCAAGGUCGAUUGUAUGCACGAGCUCUAGAGGGAAAGCUCUGUAGUAUUAAAAAUGACACGGGCUACGACCUAGCUAGUAGAAGAAGAUGCAGAAAUAUACACACACGCCGG